CAAAAGAAUAGUACUCCCGUAUUAGACUUUCGAUCAGAUCUUUGUAAUGACCUAGUGAUUUUACACACAUAAUACACUUCCUUAGCUUCCCAAAGGCAGCCGUCAAAUUCAGAAAUGGGUGUGGCUGAAGAGGCGGUGUGCGGCGAACCUAGGGCGGUGAUUAGCCAUAAAUAUUGUGCUCCUCGUCAAGUUCAAAUUUCUAUCCAGAAAAAGAUGUGCUUUUUCAUAAAAGGCUAUGAAGUGAGGGAUGUCAGCAAUGGCGAAAUUCUGUUCACUGCCAAAAAGAUCCCAUCCUUCUUCCAAUCCACUGUGAUCCUCCUUGAUCCCGCCAAACAGGCUGUUGUUACUCUUCGACAAAAGAUAUUUCAAUGGCGUGAUUCAUGGGACGUUUACAGAGGAGUAAAGAAAGAGAAGAGUGAUAUUAUCUUCACCACAAGAACUUCUUCACUGUUCCAAUUGACCCCAAACUAUGAUGUCUUCUUAGCAAGCAAUAACAGUCCACGGAAAGUGUGCGAUUAUAAGAUGGAGACUUGUUACAGGAUCUUCUUGCCGCCGAUUUGUAAAAUGUUUGCUCGAUCAUCUAAAGCCUUAAUUGCUCAGAGAGUGAAGCAACAGUCUAUUUUUGGAGUGGAUAAGUUAAAGGUGACCGUGCAGCCAAACGUGGAUCAAGCCUUUGUUGCUUCUCUAUUACUGAUUCUAGAGGAAAUAAAUCACUCUAAAGACUCCGAAGACUCUGAUGAAGAUUGAAGAUUGCAGACUAAAUAACAAGUACAUUUAUGUGGCAUUUCAUUUAAUUUGUCUACUUUUUCCGUACAUUCUCUCACAUUUAUGUUGCAUUUCAUUUAAUUUACAAUUAUAUGAUUGAUGUUUCAUGUUUGAUAUAUCGGU